AUGCCCAACGUAAUCCGGACCGUGACUAGAUCGACCAUGAUUAUGCAGUACCUUCAACAUUGCGAAGAAGAAUCAUUUGAACCGGCUAGCCGCUCAACCCUUUGUCGCAUUCUUGAAGUGAGAGAGGCUUCACAGCAGAAGUCUCUCAGUGGUCUGGACAACAUUGCAGCAGAAGGGGUCGCAUCUUUUGAGCGGCUGUUGAGUAUUCUAGAUGAGCUGAAUCAGGCUGGUGCCGAAAAAAGAAGAGUUACAGAACUGGCAAAGAAAUUGAACGAUGGGAAAAGAUACCUGAAGACGGAGUUUAAAGUGAACUGUUCAGCAGAGGAGAGUGAGUGCGCAGACCACUGCAGAAAAUUUGCGUUAAGCGAUCCAGUUGAUCCAUGCUUCAACCAUCAGUGCUCACACUCACACAAUAUGAUGUGUGAACAAUGCGAACAAUUGAAGGAAACGUUAGACGAGAUGGAAGAAAGUAUAAAGAAACACUCCAGCCAUCUUUACAGCCAAGAACAAAAGCAUGAUCUUCUUUGCGAUUUUGAAAGAUCUAAGAAUUGCAUUUUUCUUUGGAAAUCUCAUGCCUUACGCUCUGUCAACCAAGAAUCUGCUAAACAAGAAGCCCUCCAAAGUCUUGACAGUCAGUCAGUCCUUGUUGUUAUUGACUGGGCGAUGAAAUUUCUUCAAAUGAAAUACAGAGAAAAACAAAGUGAAUGGUUUGCUAAAAGAGGCCUUAGCUGGCAUAUAAGCAGUGUGAUCUCAAAAGACCAAGAAACGCAGAAAGCUAAGGUCCUGUCGUAUGCCCAUUUAUUAGAUUCGUGUUGUCAAGAUUGGUAUGCAGUGGUAUCUAUUUUAGAAAACCUUUUUCAAAACAUCAAAAUAAAUUUUCCAAAUGUUAAGCACGCAUUUCUACGUUCUGACGAGGCUGGCUGCUACCAUUGCAAUCACCUAAUAGCAGCAGUCAAAGAUAUUGGAGAUCGAGUGGGAAUUACAGUUGCACGUUAUGAUUUUUCAGAACCCCAGCAAGGAAAGGAUGUUUGUGACAGGGUGCUUUGUCCCAUGAAAGCAGCCAUAAGAAAGUAUUGCGCGGAAGGCCAUGACAUCAUGAACGUAGGAGCAAUGCACGAGGCCCUUAAGGAACGGCCUGUCAAAGGAACGACAGCGGCUGUAGCCAUUUUGGAUGAGUCAUCCAAAAUUCUUGAGGUUCAGAAGAUAAAACAAUUUAGUGAGUUACACAACUUUAGAUACGAAGAGAGUGGGAUAAGAGUGUGGAAAGCUUACGCUGUUGGGGUCGGCAAGCUUAUCCCUUGGCAAUCUUUGUACAUACGGCACCAGGGCUGUACAAAUAUAUCAUUAAUGGAGGGAAAAGGAUUCUUCACCAACACAGAAAUAAGAGACCUUCAUCGCCCAAGAAAGUGUCAAGCAAGGAAAGACAACGUUGAAAUUGACGAUCAGCCAUCGAUGUUUGUGUGCCCUGAAGAAGGCUGUAAUUGCACUUUUGACUCUUUCUCCGAACUUGAGUUGCAUACAGACGUAGGAAUACAUGAUAACAGGAAGUCGGAAAGUCUUUAUGAUAAAGUACGGAAAAACUGGGCUGAAAAAUUUUCUUCUAUUGAGAACCAGAAGUUAACAAGCAACAAAUCCUCCACUGGUCUGACUGUUAACAGCACAAAUUCUCGUCUAAGUAUCGGAUGGGCUCUUAACAAAGGUAGAACUGGCGGAGUUCGUUUUUCUGAGAACGUGAGACGGUACCUUACAACAAGGUUUGAAAUGGGAGAAAGAACGGGCAAAAAAGCCAAUCCAGAAGAGAUCGAACGUCAAAUGCGCAACGCCAGAAAUGAACGGAAUGAAAGAUUGUUUCAAAGAGAGGAGUGGCUCACCAAGACUCAAAUAAUGGGGUUUUUUUCACGCCUCGCUUCAAGGCAGAGAACUCAUGGGUCAGGAAGCUACAUCAAAGGAACAGACAUUUGAUAUUACAGCAGAUGAGAAUGACGACAUCGACGCCCUCAUUGGAGACUCUGAUCGCAACAAUUUGCUUGACGACAUUCAAAGCAGAAUUGGACUAGAGCAUCCGAUAGUAUAUGACACAUAUGAUCUUUGCGCCUAUCACAAGGAAGGAAAGCUACAGGCCUUCAAUGUUGCAAUGCUCAAGACUAUUCUUCGGCACUUUGAAGUACCUUUCCGAGCAAAAGAUAGAAAGGCAGACCUUAUUAGGUUGUUAACGGAGGUUAUCCAAGAAUGCCACUGCUGAAUAGAGUCUACUGUCCCUUUUAUCAGACAAAAGGGACAACAAUAUUUCUUCUUGUAACUGAAUCAAUUAAGCUUUUAUUGUGCAAGUCUUAGUUAAUUUUUUUUUUCCGAAAAUUCUUUGGCAUGUUGAGUUUUUUCGUAUUUGUUAUGUGACUUUUACCCGAUGACACGAAACGGAGACGCUUAAUUCGAUAAAAUAUUUAAAUAAUCUAAUUGUUUUCUUAUAAACCCGCCAAUCGAACACUGUCGAGCUCACUUAACUCACUGUCCGUCACGGAAUAACCAAAGUUCGAGAAAUCAAAAUUCCAACUAGAAUUCAAGGCUCGAUCUUCAACUGUCCAGUCUGUCUCGGAAUUCCCAGAAGAGAAAGCACAUAGAAUAACAAACCAAAUACAGACUGAAAUAUGACCAUUAUGACUGAUGCUAGAAUUUUCAUAUAUCGAACUUAAGCUACUGACAACGUGUAGCACGGCCUAUUAUAUUUGCGAUUAGUGGUUGGUUGAUUCAUCAUGCCUUAAUAAUCUACUAUAUGACCUACUAUUACUAAAGUUGCUUAAGUUAAGGUAUCUAGACAUUGACUGUACACAUUUCACCGUUUUCAAGCAAAAAUAGCAAUCAGUUUAGUCGUGAUGGAAAUUCAUAGACAUGUAAUUAAAAUGUGGACUAGACGUGAAUAGACACCCUAUUCUGGUUUUCGAUUCCUCGGCUUUUGGAGUCCAAUCCCCAUUUUGACAAGUUAUCUUGAAGGACUACCAUGUACUCUCGUCCCAUACAGCGUAAAGGUCAAUUCGUGAAGGACUUGCCCGCUGUAAAAUGUUAAUACUUAAUUUUACCGGUAAAAAAAAUGUUCCCUAAAAACGCAACUGUUGUAUGCCGAAUAAAGCACGUUUGGAAGGGCGAGACUAACAAAGGUUAGUGGCAAAGGUAAGUAAACUUAAUGGUCUACACUUCCGUUCAGUUUUCCUGUAAAUAAAGUACAAAAAAAGUUGCCUAAUGGCAUUUUUUAUUUUUAAGCUUAAUAAUAUCAAUAAUUAUAACAAAAUAUUACAACAAGCAAAUGCGAUGACCUUUCUAAAGUCUCGCCUGUGACUAUGCUUCCAAUGAAAGCAUUAAAACGAUUUAUUUAGUAAAUAAAAAUUAAGGUUUGGCUCCUGAACAUUUAGGAAUAAUUAUAUUUCUGAAGAUCUAUUUAUUGAAAAAGGAAGAAGAGGAAGAAAAAUAAUUUUUUGCGGUUAAAAAAACAUAUUUUACUUCCGAGCGGCAAGUAUUUGGAGAAAUUUCCCGUCGAAGCAGCCGGUGUCACGCAACGCGAAUUCUGCAUCAAUAUGUAAAUUUGAGUCGAAACCUUCAAGUCUGAAUCGCGUUGUGCCACAAGUUUUAUUGCAUAAAUUGAUAGAAUACCUCUUUAUCUUUAACUAAAACAUGUUUUUAAGUCUAGGUUAGGUGCCACUUUUAAGAAUUUUGUGAAAUUUCUGAGGCAUAUUUUGGUGCAGUUUGCUUACUUAAUUGAAUUGCGAGAAUAACGAUAACCUGUUUUUGCUGAUUACAGAGAAAUACGGCUAAAUCGUAUUGGAACAGUAAGAAGAAGCAAUAUACUUCCAAAUGAGUGCAAAUGGUCUAGGUUUUAACGGCCCGCAGUAGCUUUUAACGAUCGUUAAAAACCUGAAUAACAGCGUCUAAAAUUUGCAUAUUUUAGCCGGUAACGGUCGUUCAGAGAUGAAAUGCUGAUAAUGGCAGUAAAAUAAACUAUUUCGUCAUUCUAACUGCAUUUUCGUUAUAAGGAUGGAUAGUGGUAUUGAUGAUAUAAAUAUGAGCCAAAAGAGUUUUCGAGUCUGAAAUCGAGUGGAACGCUUUUAGGGACAUUGCCUCUUAAUGUUGUUGGAUUCUCCAAAUGUUCAUCCACCGCUAAAAAAACAAUCAAAGAAAGAAGGCUAAUUUCAACUGUAAAUGAUGUAUUUCGCUACUCACUGAACAUGCACUGAUUAUCUGGGGUAAAAUUAAAACAUUGCAUGUACUACAGCAAGCAAAGAAAAGCUCCAGAUGCUUGAAGUCAACACGAAGCAAAACAAAAAAACAAACAAGAAAAAGUAAUAAAUUUGAACUACUUUUUAUUCUUGUUAUGAUGACUGGUUCUUUGAUUCUUGUCCUGUAGAAGUUAAUGGGUAGUACCAACCCUGUUUUGUACGAUCUCCACAAAUUUUCACACUCUCUCUAAGGCUAUUUUUACAAGGGACCAGUUUGCUUCUCUCUUUGCAAGCCAUGCCAGUGAAGCCACGACCUCUGUGAUCGGUCCACAAUCAGUUCGAACACCCCAAUGAUUCCUUGCAAUGAAUAAUGCUCUUAUUCUCUAACAUGAAAUGUUUUCUUUGAAAUAUCAAAUGUGAAUCCUAGACGAGUACUGUAAGCUCAUCUUUAAUCUGUCUGACUCAGUCUGCUGUUUUGAAAAUUUUUGAUCACUGGGACGAUGUUUUGAUUUGUUUGUUGAUAAACACAAGCACGCCUUCUCAUUGGUUGAAAAGUGUCGCGUGACCAGUUGGCCAUGUCCUCAAAUUUAGGGAUAUUCCGAACUGGUUGUAAGAGACGGACCAUUACAAAAGUUAUGGGGAGUGGAGUAUUUUAAAGCCGCAUAUCGAAGAAUAUUUUUUCCUCGACAUUUCCCUUGCUUAAACUUUGUUAGGCCAAUGCUGGAGUAUUUGUAAGGCUACUCGGCAUGCAUGAAGUUUUUUUUUCAGAAUGUUUCCUUGCACGAAUAUAUAUAGCAUUUAUAUGACCUCAAAAAACUGGAAAAAACAACUCUUGGCGAUAUUUUGUCUAUAUUAAAAGAGUUCGUCAGGGCAAUUAAAUAUAUUUUUGUAAUUCUUUCCCGCUCCAAAACUUUGCUAAUUAUCUGUCCCUUUCCCUAUACAAAUGGAGCAGUGCAUGGCAGAGAUUUACCACACACGCGAAGAGGUACUCUUCAUGGGCCCUCUUCAACUGGUGUCAAACACGUUUUAGGAUAGAUACCCUUAAGGGUCAUUGAAAGACACCACCAAAGCUCUCAUGACUCUUGCAUGGUUUCUUCCUUUUUCUUUUCUUUCUUUAACUCUAGGGAUUUCGGAAGAAGAAUGACCCUAGAAAGGGGCUUGAGGGCUCCGACAUGGGUACGAUUGGCACCCCUAUCCAGGGAAGAACCUCCACCUCAGUGAAGUCAUCUUUGUCUCUAUUAAAGCAGAAGUAAGUUACGAUUUGGAUCUGUGAUACAACGGAAAUUCUGAAUACAAGAUGAUGUUUUUGUUCAUGAAAUUUUAAACGGAGAUGGCUUAGGUGUUCCCAAUCCCGUUCCCAGAUGCCGCGAUCCUUUUGGUCAGCGACAGGGAUCGGGACCUCUGGGAUAAUCUGUUUGCCGACAACAGGAUUCUUGUUGUCGUCCCGACUGCGCAGGCCCGAACCAGUUUGGAAAAUGGCGUCUAAGUCGGAGGAUUUGUUUCACGAGGCGAUUAAGUUCUCUUUGGAAAAACUUGGCAAACCAGACCUGAAACUAAAGAGGGAACAAUUUGAAGCCAUAAGGGCUCUCUGUGUUGAAAGAAAGGACGUUUUAGCUGUAUUGCCGAUGGGUUUUGGUAAAUCUUUAAUUUAUCAAAUUUUGCCCGCAAUAUUUGAUUUCCUUCGAAACAGAAGGGACAAGCAAGAAGAAAACUCUGUCGUUAUAGUUGUUUCUCCUCUUAAUGCCUUAAUAAAGGGCCAACUUAAAAAAUUAGAAGGAUUUUUAAGUGUCUGUGUUGUGCAAAGUGUGAAAGACAAGGAAGGAGAGAAUAAAGUAAAUUUGCCUCAAGAUGUGAGGAAAUGCAAGUGCCACUAAAUGUGGCAUGGUGGAAAUAUUGGGGCUUUCAAAUCCAAAAAUUGUUGAAAGUAACCUAGACAGAGCAAACAUUUACUGUGCAUCGCACACUCGUUCUGACAAAGGUGAUGAGAAACUUGAUUCAAUUUUGGAACCCAUAGUUACUGAGUUGAAAGCCUAUAAGGUAAAUAUGCCCCUUACACUGAUUUAUGGAAGCCUUGAAACUAUUUCCGACUGCUUUCUGUAUUUUAGCACAAAGAAGGGUGAAGAUCAAUUUUAUCUGCCCAAUGCUGAACCCUUGGCCAAAAACAGAUUGUUACCCAAUAUCAUGCUCAAUAUCCCGAAAGUGAAUGCUCUAGGAUUGUGGAGGAAUUGGUGCAGGGGACUUCAACCCAUCAUGUUCUUUUUGCAACCAUUGCUUUUGAACUAGGUAUUGACUGUAAUGACAUUCGAAGAGUUGUACACAUUGGGGUGCCAUACUCAAUGGACGAUUAUUGUCCAGAAGUGGGCAAAGCUGGAAGAGAUGGUCUACCUGCAGGGGCUGACAUAUGUGACCACAGGAAUUUGAUGCUAAAGGUGAAAGCACGCUCACGACACGCUUGCACGACACUCUUAGCGUGCCGUAGAUCACGAAUAUGCCCAUAUUAAAUUGAAAAAACAAAGACGGACACGCUUGCCUUUGUUUUGAUAAAUUUAACACGCUAGACCUUUUGUUUUUUUGUAGCGUGCCAUAUGUCACGGUAAGUGUGCGAAUUAUAGCACGCUUAGCGUGCAAUUUCGGUAAGGCACGCUGAACACGCUUGAUUACUAAAGCUACUAAGAUGAUAAAAAUGGCUUGGGUUUUCAGCGGAUUUAAUCAGCAUAGAUAACUGGUCAAAGUGAAUCAAAUAUACCAAUUGAGACUGUUUUGGAAUUUGAUAGUAGCCAUUUGAAAAUCACCACUUAAUGGUCAUCUGUAAUGCGAGAUCAGUGUGCACCAAUUCCUCCGGCUGUUGACUGGAAUCGCAUUAGACCUGCUAUCGCAUGCGAGGCACUGAAGUUAUGUCCCCUGAAAAUUAUAGUGAUGCCGCCGGAAUAUUUAUUAGCAGUAAUGCACAGAGAAAUGAAGGUGAAUAAAUUAGUUUAAUAUAUUUCUUUAAGCCAUGCUGAGACGAACGAAGGUAAUUAAAUCGGAGAAACAAAAACUGCCUAGAAUUUUCUAUAGGUUGAGGAAGUCUAAACAUUUCUAGAUGACCUUUCCAUGCAUGUACAAUCAGUUCGAAGCUUAUCUAAUAAAUUCUUUACGAUUUUCUGAAGUUUAAUUUUUUUCCAUUUCACUCCCCAGGUUAAGCUAUUUUUCGUAGAGAAAGGAAUCCUAAAAUUUUCGGAACCGAAAACACGAUAAAAUUUUAACUUUCCUAAAGCUUUCAAUUGGAAGCUAAAUUUUUCGGGAAAAUAUUGCUGAAGCCCUUGUAAUGUCCAAAAGGCUGAAGUUGUCUUGGCUUGCGUGGACCUAUUAUUUUCAGAGAGAGAAUUGGCCAACGGCAACACGGCAGGAACUUUUGGCUUCGAAGAGCUUAAUGAAGAAAAGAUGCGAUUUCUGUCAUCAAACUUGCGCCAUAAGUUUGAUUUGAUUUUGUAGACUAUUUCUUUAGAAAUUAGUUUCUGUGUAAACAUUUGGUUGUAAACAUAAAAGCGACUGUUUCUUUUUGUCUUAUCUUAAAUUAAUUUACUCCUCAAGGCACUACCAAGUUUCAGGAGGGUAACAAAUCCACUCGUGCAUCAACGUAAAAUAGAAAUUUAAAAGACGCACUAAACUAGCGCGACAUAAUAAAAAAAUAUUUUCGCGCCGCUUAAAUAAUAGUUUGCUACACAGCCAUUUUCAGUGGAAGGAGCGUUGCGUGACGAAACUAAAAAGGCCGUGUAGCAGACUAUUUUAAGACACUUAAAUAAUUGUAGCCAUAAUACUUCUGAUGACGCUAAAUCGGUCGCUGUAACUUCAUAGUGCAAAUGUUUGUUUAGAUGGUUGUAAAACAGAUGGUAACCACAAGAAAGACAACAGGAUGAUUACGGAAUUUGGACAAUAAGCCUGAAGCAUACGCGAUGUAAUAUUUAAAGAAGAACAAAUUUACAUACAUUAUUUUAAUGCCGGUUUCGCUUUUUGUGUUAUUGCCAGCCGGAUCAAUUAACCCACAUUGAAACCGUUUUGGAAUUUUGGUACAUCUAGAAAAGCAGGCUAGUUUUCAUUUGAUCACUACGAUCCUUGCAAUCGCUAGAAAUAAAUACAAUUUAGCGAUCCUGGCUCUUGAUGAUUGCUAUUUGAUCGCUGCGAUUGCUGCGAUCAGCGAAAAAGUGACUUAAUUAAGUCCGAAAGAUCACUGUUUCUGAGAAAAUUGUAAAUAUGUUUUAAAUUAAGGAAAGUUAAGAUAACCUUUGCACAGCUUCGUCAGUAAACAUUUCUGGAAAGAGAUUUGAUUUUGCAAUGCUAAUAGAGUUCUACCCAUAAAUCCAGUAGGCCCCACCGUUCAGUGUUUAUACUUUUCAAGCGACAAACUUUUUCUUUCUCGAUAGUUACCAAAAAAGGGUGCCGUUCAUAAUCAUUUAUGGUUCCUUUUUGUAGAGGAAAUUUAUUUAGCGUGUAGAUAACACGCCUUGCAUGCUUUUGCGCACACUGAAAGCGUGCUGUGCUUUUUCGCACGGAGCUUUUGUUUGAAAACUUUAACACGCUCUUUUGUUCGACUUGCUCACGCUUAAUUGUCUCAAGCGUGUCCUCUGAAACAAAAGAAAUUGCUAAUGAGGCAAGAUUGCAAGCAUGCUAAAGCGUGUUAAAAUAAAUUCUUUUGUUUUAAAGUGAAAGCGUGUCGUGCGCGUGCUUUCACCUUUAGCAUUAAAAUCCUGUGGAGGGUCACAUAUAUUACAACUCAUAUGACAUCUCCAAAUCAAGAAAAAAAUGACAGAUGUGAUGAGAAACUACGUCAAGUCAAAAGAAGGUAAAAGAAAAAUGAUUCUGAAUUAUUUUGAUCAUAAAGUUCCUUCCACCCAAGGACCAGCACAUAUGUGCUGUGAUUUUCACAGUGCUCAGUGUGCUUGUGAUGACUGCCUAUUGGCAAGAACUGCAGAUGACAUGGACUGUGCAGAUACCAGGUACCCUGAUCAACCAUGUGAUUCUUCAAGAGAUCAGUCAGAUAAUGAGCCAACUCCUUUGUUCAGUGAGAGUAUUCAAGCAGAAAUCAAAAAGGCCGUAUAAAUUACAGACUGAAAUUACAAAGUGAAGUAGGCAAGAGUACAGCUGACAGUGCGGCCCUCUCAAGUGGAUUUUCUAUCAAUGUUAUUGAGUUAGUUCUGCAACACCUUCCCGAAUUGGCAUCUGUUGAAAAAGUUGAAAAAAUUGUCCCUGUAUAUAGUUCUAAGAUUGCAAGGGAGGUUUUUUGAAUUAUUCAGAAGCAUACUUCACCCCAAGCUCUAGCAUAGCAUAAAAAUAAUAAUUAUAAUUAACAAACAACGUGACUGUAGGGUACAUUUAAGUGGAUCAACCCCAUCGUAUUUUCUUAAUAUCUUAAACAAUAUCGCUUCCUUCUUUUAAAGGCUAUAGAUAUAAUUAGUUACUUGUAGUAACAUCAAAGAAGACUAAUUCUCAUGGAAGCCCUAGAAAACAAAUGUCAAAUCUGAAAAUAUGUGACCCUCCACGGGGUUUCAAGGAAUAAGGUGAAUGCACGCACAUGGCAUGUUAUAACACGCUCGCACGCCAAUGGCAUGACACGCUUACCGGGCGGGUAUGCGCAUAAAAACAAUUGAUACUGGGAAGUGUGUUCGUAGCCAUUGGUCACGUCUGGUUAACACGGUAGAGGUUUGUUUUUAACAUGCUAUGUUCCUUUGUUUCCUCAACACGGUAGAAUUCUUAACACACUAUUAUAUAUAUCUCACCUUGUACAACUCAGCUUACUAAUCGUUACUUCUGUUUGUCAGCUUCUUCUUUGAGAAUGGUUUUGUUCAAGUAUAUUACUUACAGAAUAUAAGCAAAAAUGAAGAAAAUCUAUCGUCCUAUUCGAAAGUUUUAAUAAGAAAAGGAAAACAUUACAGAAAAUCACGGCUCUUUCCCUCAGGAUUUUCACAAUCAAUACACUGAUUCUAUUUCUUAAGUUGCAAUUUUCAGAUUACACUCUUCCAAAUUUGCAUAAAGCAAACGUGAGUAAUAGGCAACGCAACACUAUCCAUUUGAAUGAGAAGAGCGUGAAUUACACUGGCUUCUUUGAUUCUCCGUGUUUUUUAUGUAGAACAAGUUGUUGGCAACAAAAUAUUUUGUUUGUAAUGUAAACAUGCAGAGAGCAAAAGUGUUUGGGUUUCUUUUGAAACGUUUUGUUUACAUAGGAUAUCUUUAGCUUAGAUUUUUCGUCUGAUAAGGGACCGUGGAGUUCAUAGUCUGCUACAUGAGCAAAAAAUCCACUCCAUGAUCGGCGCUUGUGUACGUGUGUUGUUUUAAAAAGGGCAAAAUAAGAGUUUAAAGCCGAUAAACUUGUGCAAAGGAGGUCAAACAAAUCUUGAAAACAUUGAGUUAAAUGACCGCUCGAACAAGUGAAUUUUUUUGAAUGAAUAGCGUAACUCGUCUCCCAUGCAUGUCAUUCGACAGAAAAUUCAAAGGAAUGCCAUAAUACAGAUGACCAAGCCGUUCGAACGGCCUAAUGUCUUCAACAAACGGGUGACCAAGUCGUUUGAACUGAUUGAUGUUUCUAACUAACCGGUAGGCUCGCAGCUCUUACAAGGUCGGAUCUGAUUGGUUCUUGCAAUUGUUCGGCGCCGGGCGUGGCAGCCAAUCAGAGAUCACUAUUUCACUGUUUCAGCAGUCGCGUCCUACUCACUGCAACUAACAUAACUAAGUCAAUGUUAGAGGUCUAGCAUCGGUCUACAUCAAAGAAAUAUAUUAGUUUUUGUACAUCGGACUGUACGCAUAUUGUUUGAGAGAAAGAAGAAGAGAUUGUUCGUUUGUAUUGAAGAAGAAGGAGGCUAGAGGAAGAAGAAGAAGGCUUCUCUCAAACACUACGCAUAGCUGUGCUAGAAGGCUAAGCUAGAGGAAGAAGACAUACGUACCGACGAAGGAGAAGGCUUCUCUCAAAAAAUAAGCAUAGAUGUGGUAGGUAUGCUUAUCUUUCAUGCAGUUGUCUUAUACCUCUUCGCUACCUCCUUGUUGUGAGACUUGACAUUUCUCCUUUAUUUCGGUUAGGGCUUUCACAUACAUAAGUUAUCAUCUGUUUUUAGCGUAGGAUGUUCAUUGUUAAGUUGAGAUGUAGCCUUUGAUUUUGGCGAUAUAUAUCCUUAAAGUGAUCGCUAUACGAUCGAGUUACGAGACUUUUGAAUUUUUUUUCUUAUGAGACUUGUUUUUUCUUUCUUCUAGACCAAGACGGAUACCAGCAUUUGUAGUCUGCCAUCGACAUCCUGAUCUAAAUGGUAAGCUUUCUACGCACGAAAGUAAUCUUCUAUUAAUUAUACACUAGUCAGUUGCAACCACGACCUCCAACCCUCCGGGGAAUAGUGUAAAGGCCAUCCCCAUAAAAUGUUUCGUUUCCCAUCGCCCGUCCAACCCAUUUUUUUGGAAAAGUAAAAAAAUAAUAAUAAUUCCAGAAUCACUUGUAAAGAAGCAAGUACCUUAAUUUAUUAACACACGAUCUUCCAGUUGUCUUAUUAACCCCAAUUGUCUUAAAUUAUCAUCGACACUUCGUUUUUGUAGCCUUUUUAGACGUUUGAUAGUCCUGGUAAUAUACAUCUUUUACCAUCUGAUUAUAUCUUGAAGACUAAACGUGAGAUUUAAUAUGCAAUCAUGUGUUCAUUCUUUUUUCUUGGCCCGACCGACCGACCCACCUUCACGAGAGGGAGGGCGAUGGGAAACGAAAUAUUUUAUGGGGAUGGCCAAAGUAUCCUUGUAAUUUGAAGGAUUUAUCCCAGGUCCCAGGGACAGGUUCACAUGGUAAUUACCCCCCCCUAAUAAGCUGUCUGUCGUCAGAUCUCUCCUCCAUACAGAAACCAAAAAAAGCCAUAUAUGAACCGACAUAUUUUAAAAACUUUCAGAUACUGAUCAAAAUGAGUUCAUCAGUGAUGAUAAAGAUUCAUGUACUGGUCUACAAAUCAUGCAUUUUUGGACAAACACGAGUGUACAUUUGUAUUUUGCUUAAAUUUGUUGUAUUAGUCACAAAUGCUUGGACUGACACAGCCAUAUCAUAAAUAGCAUAGCCCAGGAGAAUGUUGGGCAGCAUCAGUCUCUUAUCUUAUCAAAGUUGUUAAUUCUUCGCAAGGGAGUGGCAAAAUUACCUUUUAAACUCUGCUUAGUUUCCAUUGAAAGUCACAGCCUUCAUCAAAGCUUGACAUCAUUGAUCAUCAUUGAUAGAUGUGUGUAGCUGUAAAUUUUAGCAUUCUUGUUUAAUAGAAGUUUGCCCAUCCUCUCCUCCCAGCUGUUACGUCUGUCUCUUUCUUCUAAUUCCUUGCUACUGCUGCCUUCUCCGUCCAGUUUUUAUUCACUUUGCCUUUUGCUUUGUGUUUAGUGUACUUACGUUUUGGGGGGAAAUUUUCGCAAACAUCCAAAUGAUUGUUAAAUUAUCUCUAACAAUGUAAAAUCUUUUCUCUGAGUUGCUUAACUGAAUCAUGCUCGUUUGCUUGUAAGCCAAGUGUCAAAGAACACUGAUGUAACUGGUUGUUUAGGGUUGAAUAUAGCCUGUGUGACAAGUGCAAUAAGGGGAAUAGUUUUUAACUUGUACUUUUAACGGUACUUUUCUUUCUCAGCUUAGAGUUAUUUAUUUUUAUCUGCUUGGCGCCCCACCCAAAGUCUCAGUGUUAAUGUGAUAGUCUUAAUAUUAUUUGGACCCCUUAUUUAGAUAGCCAUAUUAUUUAUAAUACAUUAUUUUUCUUUCACUUUAUAGGCUUCUUGUGAGCGAGGCAAGGGCAAAUGUCCCAACUUUCCUUUCGGAUAUGCCAAUCGGUAUAAAGAGCCCAAGUGUACCAAUUGUGGUUUCUAUUUGGGAGGCACUUUUAUUCCCUAUAACCCCAAGAAACCCAAAAUGGACAUACCAUUGUGCACUUCAGUUAUUGUUGGUCCAUGGAGCGUCUACUCGUGCAAGACCAGUAACCAUGACGACAGAUGUCUCGUCAUCAAGGACUGUAGAUAUGAUUCUCCAAGCACUAUUUGCUUACACCACCUGUGCAAACAAGCCCGUGCGGUGAUGGUGAACAGCAGUUCUUCUUCUCUAUUCACAUGUGAAGACCAUUGAAUCUGCUGUUCAACCAGAAAAACGGUACUUUGAUUUUCCUGACUUGCAGGUAUAGCAGUGUGGUGACACAAUGAGGAGUGAUUUGUUGAAACUCAAGGAGUUAUCAGGAAAUCUACCAUUAGCUGUGAAAGUUUCUCCUUUAAUGAUCUGUGUCUUUGGACAUGUCUCAUCAAAUAAUCCUGCUGGGUACUGCCAUGGGAAGGUGCAGGAAGAUGCCCACAGAUAAUGUUCCAAGGACUGCAAAACAUUUGUUGCAAAGGCAAAACAAAACAAAGCCAAAAAUAUAUGCAUACACGUUCAUAUAUUAAUUAGCCUUGGGAUCAUAUCUAAUGAGACUUUUGACAAGACUACAUCUAUUGCAGCAUAUGCUUCUAGAUAGAUAGAAUCCAUGUCAUCAUCAACAGAAUCAGCAUCUGCUUCUGGAUCAAUCGAAUCCUCUCCAUCAGCAUUAGAAUCAGCAUCUGCUUCUGGAUCGAUGGAAUCCAUGUCAUCAUCAACAGAAUCAGGACCAAUCAGUACAAAUAGCACUGAUAAUUCUUUAGAUACUGGCAGCCGUUUAUCAACUGUUCAACUGAACAUGAAGAGAUCCCUACCCCUACAAAUACCCAGUGCUGUCAUUGGCCAGGCACAUUCCAUGGAUAUCAAGGGAUGGCCUCCAUCACUUUCACCCUCUUUCUUUACUUGCAGUUUAGCAAUAGUCCAUUGUCUGAACCAGAGUCAUCCAGGCCAAAGAGGAGACGCCAUAGUUUUGACUAAUUAAUUCCUGGGCUAAUAAUAAUAGAUGAGCUAGCGAGAAGUAGUUUACACUAUUCCUCAAUGAUAGUCUUAUUCAAUUUCAGUUGUCCAUGGUACCUCAAAUAUUAUAUGUUCUUUCCAUCAUGCAAGCAGCACGGAAAAAUAGUUUUGCUUUCUUUGAAUAAAAUGUACAUGUAACACAUAGCCGAGGUGAUCCAUGGCGUUUAUUUGUAGUAUUUGCACCAAACUACUUCACCUCAUUUAAUUGACGUAAAAACAUGUACAGCUUUAGUUCCAGUAGCUUAGGAACAACCAAUUCAGUAAAAACUGUUGAAGUAGAGUAAUGAGGAGUAACGUUCUGCUGAUGAAUUCCACACAGCUUGUAACAGUCCUACUCAGGACUACUUUCACCCGGUCGAUUCUACUCAACCUACUUAUGAGAGUAACGUUCUUGCUAAACCAAAAUUUCGGCGAAACUUGGCAUUAGAAAUUGAGCUGCGCAAUUCUAAUUCAACUCCCAACAUUGUUGGGUGGUACUUCAAUAUUGCUUCCGUUUGCACUCCCUGUAAUCACUAGUGUUGCGAGUUGUAGGGUCCCCUUGUGCCUAUAGCAUAAUACUUAACUAAUAGAGAUGGACCUUGUGAGAGUAAGCUUUUCAGACAGGCCAAAAUCAGGAUACCAGAAGCUUUCAUCGUAAUAAAGUAUAGUAAGGCCUGGGUCAGACGCUGAAGUUUUCAUGAACCGACCCUAAUACAUUGAGUUAAGUACAUGAAAAGGUCGACGUCUGAAUCAAUUAGAAACGCCUGUUUAAUUCGAAUAGGUUCGGCUCAUGAAAAGUUUGGCGUCUGAACCAGGCCUAAGGAUCAGAAAAUGCCCACUUUUAAAAAGUAAGCUUCAUAACAUAAGUCUUAUAAAAUUAUUUCUCAUAUUAGGAGCAGAGAAAAUAAGAGCCCAAUCUCCGAGCUUUAAAUGAGACGUAGCCAGUGUACAUUGUUUAGGUUUUAUCUAGGAUCUUUAGGAAAUUGAAACUAACGUGCAGUAAAGGAAGUCAAGUUGCAUAAUAAUAAAAAUGAUAAUAAAUACAUUCUUAUAUGGCGCAUUUACAAACCUCAAUACACCUUCAAUAAUUUACAAACCGAAAACAAAAUCAAAAUCCUUAUCUAAUUAAGUUUACCAUAAUGCUUACUACAAUAAAAAAGCUUUCCUAAAAAGAUGAGUUUGCAACUUGUUGUUAAAACAGAUUACAGUCUUGGCAUUCUUAAUGUUCCACAAGUUCGGUGCCACAAAAGAAAAAGCUCUACACCUGAAGUUUUCAGUUUUAGCUUUUUGAGGACAGCGUAGUGAACGUGACCCUGAUCUUAAAGUUUGUGACGGUUGGUACAGUACAAUAGCCUGUCUGCAAGAGAACGUGAGUGUCGGCAUGAAGAGGGUGAAAACCAAAGUGUUCAUUCAAGAUCCUUUCAAUCCAGUGCUGUUCACGGAAAAUGUAGAGAGACAUGUCGAUGUGUGCUAUAUUAUUUGUGCCCUAACCAGCUUGAACUACCGUUUAAGAUAUCUUAGAGCUUGAAGAAGGUGAUGUUGUUCUUCACUUUGAUGUGCUUCAACAUGCCAAUGAAGUUGUCACUAUUGAAGAGGCAGCUGAGACAGCUGAGCUGACAGAAACUGCAAAUAGAAGGUAACACAAGUAAACAAAUAUGAAGAACAAUGACAAAACAUUUUGGGGAAUCAAGGGAAGAGCACAAAUGUUUUUGGGAUCAAGGGAACCUGAGGUCAAAACAGUUUAGGGAAAAGUGGUUUUAUUAAUAGGGAACAGGAGAUAAAAUAAAAAAAAAACAUUAAGGGAUCAUGGGAACAUGCCCCCCUGGGAGGGACUAAUCCCUAUAACAACCUACAUGAACUGUGAUUUAAAAAAAGACAGAUGAGGGACGUUCGAGACGAUGCAUACACCUAGUAAAACAAAAGACGCUUUAGCAAAGCGCCAACAACUCAGGACGCACCAACGAAAGUCCUGUCAAAAAGCAACAAAGAGAUCAGAAAGAUGAAGGCGAAAAGGCGGGAUAAAUUGAAAAUGAAAUGCCCAAAUAGCACAAAUAGCGCGUGUUUUAGGUUCCAUUCUUGAUGGGAAACUACUCAACCUCCUGGUGAGUAGGCUAGAGGCGAAGAUCGAAUGUAAAAUCGAAGAGCCUGAAAACAAGUUUCAGAAGAUAAAAGAUGAAAUCAAAGAGUUCAAGGAAGACGUUAAUGACAGCAUCAACCACGUAGAACACGUGCUAAGAAAUUAAAUCCUUGGCACAUGACAAAAUGCAAGAUGGACGCGUGUUUCUGAGCUCCGAUAAUAAUCUUACUUUCUGACUGACUAUUAUCAACAUGGUUAACAAAACUAUCAAGCUCAUAAAAAGGAAAAUGAUGACCUUAAAAGCCAAAUAUCAGUUCUUACGAAAGAAAUUCGAGAUUGGAAAGCAUUAGUCGAGAAUCACCAGUGGCAAAUGGAACAGCAGAACAAUGGCGCCUCGGGUUCCCUGAAGGACAUGGAAAACAGCAUGGACUUUGUAAGUGAACAAUAUGACGGGUUUCCAGCUUUCCAGAAGGCAGUGUCCACAAGACUUAAGGAACUUUCAGCCUCACUCAAUACUAUCUCUAAGAAGGUAAACGACCUAGCGCAAGCCAUCGACAACUUGGAAGCCUACAGCUAUUGGUAUAACCUAAAGCUCGUAGGAAUACCUGAGCUACCUGACGAGACUGCGACGGCAACGGCCAACGUCUGUGUCCUCGGUGCUAGUGUUACCACCAAUGACAUCGAUAUAGCACAUCGUGUUCCGAAGAGAUCUACAAGGAGUGAAGACGAGAGGUCUUCGCACAACACCAUCAUAUGCAAAUUUACCCGUCGGUUACCCCUUCAAGAGAUAAUGCAGCAAAGAGUUUGAAUCUCCACGAUACAUCCUUCUGAAAUUGGUUUGCCAUAUGAUGUGCUUUUAAUCUCAGCAAGAAUUUUCGAAAACUUAAUGCCAAACCUACAACAGCUACUCUACGAAUCAGAAAAAGUGUCAACAACAAUUAAAAUUUAAAUUUUGCUGGGCCAAAAAUGGAGCUUUCCUCAUGAGAGAAACCGGUACGUCUCCGAUCUUCAAGCUGUAAUCUAUGGAUGAUUUAGCGAACUUAAGCUCUGGCUCAGCGCCUUAAACUGCACUAUGGAUAUGUAUAUUAAGUGAUGUGUUAUGGACGAAUAUUUGCAUCGUACGGACAAACAAUCUCAGGUAUGCUAAAUGCAUUAUUAAUUAUUCUUCUUUUCAUGUCCUUGCGUGACAAAAGAGUAGAGAGAGAAAACAAACUACUUCUUAAGGAACUACCUUACUAUGGGUGCAAAGAUCUUGCUUCUGCACUUCUGCAAUUUAAUAAUUUGCUCACAUCCGCUCUGUCCAGAAAUCAACUUGACAAAUUGAAUAGCUUAUUUGACCUUGACCUCUUUAAUUUGAAUGUACCUACAGUUCAACAGGUCAAAGUCAGCAGCAAUCAUAGCCACUUUAGAUGUAACUACUUUUCACCUCAUAAUUUCCUCAGGCAAAAACAUAGGCUAGCUCAGUCUGACAACCUUUUCUCUAUCUUCUAUAAUAAUAUUUGAAGUCUUAGCAAGACCCUUGAAAACCUUUAAAUUCUGUAAGUAGUUUUAAAUAUUUGGGAGUUAUGUUGUCUUCAACUUUCACAUGGUCCGACCAUAUUGAGUAUAUUUCAUGUAAGGUUAAUAAAAACCUUGGUCUUCUACGUAGGAUUAAGUAUUAUUUACCUUAUGAUGCCCGGUUACUUUUUUAUAAUAGCUUAGUGCUACCUAUUUUUGAUUAUGCUGAUUUAGUCUGGGGUGACAAGGACAAUGUCUCACUUAUGAAGGAAUUGCAAAUUCUCCAAAACAAAGCAGCUAAGUUGAUAUUAGAUAGAUCACCUCACUCCUCAUCCACCGAUGCAUUGAUUGUCUUGAGAUGGCUGAAUCUUGAAGAACGUAGGAAAUGUCAUCGAUGUAUAUAUGCAUACAAGUGUAUUAUUGGCCAACUUAAUCAUUCUUUGGACAUUGUAAGAAAGAGUGAUAUACAUUCCUACAAUACGCGCAAUAACGAUACUAUCAAGCUCCCCAAAAUUAAAUAUAAUUGGGGAAAACAACGUUCGCGGUACCACUGUUUCAAAGACUUUAAUGAAUUAGAGAGAACUGUAAGAAACUCAGCAAGUUUUCCAAUUUUUAAGAAGUGUCUUUUUUCUGCUUUUUAUAAUUGAGUACUUGUAGUGUGUAUGUUUUAAUUAUUUCUGUAACUCGAUUUUAGCUUGAAUUUUUUUUUUUUUUGUUUUUUUUUUUUGUAUCAUAUAUAUCGAUUUUAGCUUAACCUUUUUAUAUUUUAAUUGUAUUAUAUAAUAUACAUCUCGUAAUUAGGACCUCUAUGUAAACCACUCUUGUGAUGGAGCAUCCUAUUAAAAGAUUGUUAUUAUUAUUAACCUCCAGAAUCAUCUACUUAAUCAGCUUGAUACCCAUUUCAGUAUAAUUGGAGUAUCUGAAACUAGGAUAGUUAAGGAUAAAGUAUUACUUUUCAAUCCAAAUUUACCUGGCUACAAUUUUGACCAUGUACCAACCCCUCUAUCAGCUGGAGGUGUUGGGCUUUACAUAAAUGAGCUUAUCCCCUACAGAAUUCUAGAAAAGGAAUCUACAUCAUUCAAGCCUUGUGGUGUGAAUUAA